GGUCACGUGUAGCCGUGUCAGCUGACUAGUUACAAAACCAAGGAACAGGGAGCGGGGGAAAGAAACGCAAUCCCGAUUUAUUAGAUAUAAAAGCAACAGGCGGGCAAUGGAGUCAACUUUAGAACAACACCUGGACGACACGAUGAAGAAUCCUGCGGUGGUCGGCGUUCUUUGCACUGACGCACAGGGACACAACUUGGGCUGUCGCGGGUCCCUCUCUGAUGAGCACGGAGGUGUGGUGUCUGUGCUGGCCAAGCACGCUGCCAAACUCACCAGAGAUCCUACAGACUGCCCCACAGUGUGCCUGGAGUCCGAUGCAGGGAAUAUCUUGAUCCGGACACACGACAGUAUCACGGUAGCAGUGCACAAGAUGUCUUCCUGAGAAUCCUCCCGUGUCUCGAAGCAGAAAAGCAUUUUGGUUUCUUGUCUGCAUUGGAUUUCCUCACUCCUGCAGGUUUUGUUGUGCAAGUUGUCCGCGAGCUUCUCCUUUAGAAGCUGUAGUAUACUGUACCUGUUAGUAGUGCUGUACAACAAGGUGUGAAGUGUAAACCCUGAGGUAUGCUGUAUGAUAUUAAGGAAAAAAUAAUACAGCGCUGGCAAUGAGACUCCUGUUGCACAGCAGCUUCACCCAUUCCAGGUUUUAAUAC